UCCCCACAUUCUAUAACUUUCAUACUUCGUCAUCAUAAAAGGUGCAAAUGAGCCUGGGCUCGUUUGUUCCUAUCUUAUAGUCUCUCCCAACAACCAUUAAAGAAAGGCAAAUUCUUGUGUUCAAAUUUGCAAGAGUUUCUCUUUCUUUUACUUACUACUCACUUCUUAUUGAGAGACUGAGGAAAGAAGUGAAAGGGAAGUAGCUAUGGGAAAAAAACUCGAUGCCUUACUAGGAAGAAACUUCAAGACUGCUAGAUUUAAAGCAACUGCCAAUCUUGCCAUUUCUAGGCUUGCUGUACUCAAGAACCAGCGUCAGGCACGGUGCUCGAUCGCGCGGUCCGAUGUGGUUCAGCUCUUAAACCUUGGACACCAUGAAAGAGCUCUUCUGAGGGUUGAGCAAGUGAUCAAGGAACAGAACAUGUUGGAUGUGUUUGUCAUGGUAGAAGGCUAUUGUCUUCUGUUAGUAGAAAGGAUCAACCUUCUGGAACAUGAAAAAGUUUGUCCUGAGGAAUUGAAGGAGGCAAUAUCGAGCUUGAUUUAUGCAGCUUCAAGGUGUGGCGAGUUCCCAGAACUUCAAGAGCUUCGUGUUAUUUUCACGUCAAGGUUUGGGAAAGAAUUCACAGCUCGUGCUGUUGAAUUAAGAAACAAUUGUGGAGUAAAUCCUAAGAUGAUUCAAAAGCUGUCAACGAGGAUGCCUAGCUUAGAACAUAGAACCAAAGUACUGAAGGAAAUUGCUUCAGAGAAUAACAUUGUCUUGCAAAUUGAGGAAGCAGUUUUGGAAACUACAGAGGAGAAGAAGGAUACUGUGAAAAGGCAGGACCAGCCUGAGGGAGAUCUAUCAAGUAAGUCAGGAGAAUAUCGGUAUGAAGGUCGCAUACCAGUUUUACCUCAAGAUGGAGACCAUGAAGUUGGGAGAAAAUAUAAAGAUGUAGCAGAUGCAGCUCAAGCAGCUUUUGAAUCUGCUGCUUAUGCAGCAGCAGCUGCAAGAGCAGCUGUGGAACUCUCUCGGUCUGAAUCGCGUGAUCCGGAUGACCCAAAUAGUCCAAGUCAGAAGCCAAGGGCUGUAUCAGAUUAUCGUGAGGAUUUAAAAUCCAAGUUUCGUGCAGGAGAGGAGAAGAACAAUAAGGAGAUGAAUGUUGGGGAUGUAGUUGAGAAAAUCCAGCCUACUCAGAACUAUGGUUUUCAUUCUGAAGCCAACCAACUCCCUGAUGGAGAUGAGGAGGAAGAACUCAAAGAGAGGAAGUUUAAAGAGCAGUUCAAAAGAUCAGUCUCUGCUUCAAGUUCUGAUUCAGCAGAUGACAUUCUUGAUGAUGAGGUUAUACGUCCAGGACAUGGUGUAAUCUUCGAUGAAAUCGAUGAUGUUGGAAAGAAAAGCAGAAUCCCGUCGUUGAAAAGUCCCAAGAGUGAAGUUUUUGGUUCUGAGAAAUCAAACAGCAAGGAUGUUUCUAUCGAAGGGGCCGGCAGAAACUCUUGGUACUUCACUGAUAAUGAAAUUUCUCCAGGGUACCAAGCAGGAAAUGAAAAGGAAGUUGAAGGAUUCACAAAGCAAGGUGCAGAAAACCUAGACAUAAAUAAGACGCCAAUAUCAGUGAGAACUAGAAGGAACUAUCACUGGUGACUAAGGGCCAAUAAAAGUUUGCAGAGAUUAUGCGAGUUGGAGUAUAUAUUGUGUGCUUUGUUAAUAUAUUAUAGCUUCAUAUUUUCUUUAUUUUUGAUGGGAUUUUGUAAGUUUGAGCAUAUAUUUUGUGCUUGGACAAUAUAAUGUAGCUUCCUUCUUUGGUUAUUUAGUUAUGAGCUCUGGACAAAUUAUAUGAUGUCUUAUCUAAACUUUGUUGAUUCUUGAGGGUUAAAAUUUUGA